AUGGGGGACUGGAACUUGCUGGGAAAGCUCCUGGAAAAAGCCCAGGAGCACUCUACCGUUGUUGGCAAGGUGUGGCUGACCGUCCUCUUCAUCUUCCGCAUCCUGGUCCUGAGUGCAGCUACAGAGAAGGUGUGGGGCGAUGAGAUGUCAGGUUUCACCUGUGACACCAAACAACCUGGUUGUGAGAAUGUGUGCUACGACAUCACUUUCCCCAUCUCCCACGUCCGCUUUUGGGUGCUACAAAUCAUCUUUGUGUCCACUCCUACACUGAUCUACCUGGGACACAUCCUUCACCUGGUACGGAUGGAGGAUAAGCACAAAGAGAAGGAUAAAGAGAAGGAACAUGCUCGUAGUUCAGACAAGCAGGGCCUCAUAGCGGAGACCAAACAUAAAAAACCUCUAGUAAGGGAUGACAAGGGCCGAGUACGCCUGCAGGGGGAGCUCCUGCGCACAUAUGUCUUUAAUGUGAUUUUUAAAACCCUGUUUGAAGUGGGAUUCAUUGUGGCUCAGUACCUCUUGUACGGCUUUGAGCUUAAGCCCAUGUACACAUGUGACAGACCGCCCUGCCCCAAUGUGGUAAACUGCUACAUCUCCCGUCCCACAGAGAAAACAAUCUUCAUCAUCUUCAUGCUGGGAGUGGCCAGCGUUUCUCUCUUACUCAACCUUAUUGAAAUCUACCACCUGGGCUUUACGAAGUGCAGACAGGGCAUCACUUUCAGACGAAAUGAAAUGUCCAUUGAGAGUCUCCCCAAGGAACCCAGCGAGACCUCGGUGCCCUUUGCACCCAGUUACGAUGAAUUCUUCCACGCGCACCACCAAGUCCAGCCGCCGUACCCGCCGGUCCCCAGCUACAACCUCUCUCCUCUGUCUGAUGGCACAGACUCAACCUUCCACCCUUACCACAGCAAAGCAGCCUACAAGCAGAAUAAAGACAACUUGGCGGUGGAGAGGAGCAGCAGCAAGCCAGAGGAAUGUGACCUGAAAGGAAAGAAGGGAGCAGGAUCGGCCCCUGGGUCACCUACGCAGGCCAGGCCAGGCCGCAGUGCCAAACACAGCAGCAACAAGACUAGAAUAGACGAUCUGAAGAUAUGA